AGAUCGAGUGUGGAUUGAGAAGAUUCGAGUUAAGAGGUUAAGAGGUUCAGCAAGGUCUUUUAUAUACUCAGGUCACAGACUCGGCUGUAUCUGCUUCCUUGGGUUGCGAUAUAGGACCUUUCUGCUCGCGAAUUUUUGCUGUAUAGCCAGUGGCAGCUCCUCCCGACCCUUUUCUCUUUUCUCCGUACCUCUCCGCCGGAAGCUCGUGGCUACCGUUCAGCCGUUGACACCCCGUCACGUCAGGUGCAUAAUGUCUUUCGUGGCCCCCUCCUGUUGACGCCGCAUCCUUGGCGUUCCUCACCGUUCCUGUUCCUCAAUCCUUUUGG